AUGUCUGAGAUUAGCUUGAGAGAGUUGCGAUACCGCCUCGCACAGCGAGUAUCCCACCCCGUACCUUUGACAUAUCGCUGCCUCUUGUCCUCGGACUGGCUUAAGAAAUAUUAUCGAUUGUAUACCCUCAAUACUCAUUAUCUGUCCAAUUACACUGAGAAAUUCCUUGCGUAUUAUAAAGGGGCUCGGCGCCAGCAGGACCAUGGAACGUUGACGUCCACUUUGGAAAAUCCUUCCGACGAGAUUAAUACGAUCCUAUCGGGCCUGAACAAUGUCGGUAUCCCAUGGAAUUCAAGGCUCGGACUUGCGUCUUUGAAGAUAAUGGCGGACGUCCGUGCGUACUUUCAAGUCGCCUACAAGCGCUUCGCUUCCAUCGACUACGAUUUCGUCCGAGGCCUCCACCGAGGCUUGUUGUAA